AUGCCUCGAUUCAAUAAAAGUGAAUUACAAUAUUUAAAACACGAACUCGACGCGGAACAAAGAAAGAACGCUUCGCUUAGUAAAUCUAAUUACUCGGCUAUAGCACGUGCUUUACCAAUUAACGUACUUAAGGCUGCUAUACGUAACUUACGUAAAGCUGCUACACGUAACUUACGUAAAGCUGCUAUACGUAACUUACGUAAAGCUGCUAUACGUAACCUACGUAAGGCUGCUACACUUAACGUACUUAAGGCUGCUACACGUAACCCACGUAAAGCUGCCAUACGUAACUUACGUAAAGCUGUUACACUUAACGUACUUAAAGCUGCCACACGUAACUUACGUAAAGCUGCUAUACUUAACGUACUUAAAGCUGCUACACGUAACCUACGUAAGGCUGCUAUACGUAGCGUACGUAAAGCUGCUAUACGUAACUUAUUCGUAAAUUAUAAUUCACGGGCUAUAUGGCUUUACGAAUAA